AAUUAGAUGUAGUAAAGUACUAAUUCGUCGAUUAACGACCAACAAAACUCAAAAUUAUAUGAAUCCUUAAUGACUGUUGUUUUUUUGUAAGCUGUUUGGUGAAUAAAGACAAAAAAAUAAGGUUAAACAACAAUUUAUAAAAAUCUGAGAUUGUAAUUAUGACUAAAAUCAAAAACGAUAAAAAUAUAGCCGCCACAGCCUACAAUGAAGCAGCAAUAAGAAAUAAUUUAGCAGUGGUCGAAUAUUGUAGGACAUCUAUGGCAGCUCUUUCUGGCUGCACAGCAGGUUUAUUAGGUUUAACUGGGUUAAAUGGUGCAGGUUUCUAUAUUUUUGCAAUUACCGGCUUGUGGAUAAUGUUGUUAUUAAAAGCCGGUCCAAAUUGGAAGAAAUACUUUAUUUCUCGAAGAAGCUUGUUAACAAACGGUUUUUUUGGACAGCUAUUUACGUAUAUUUUAUGUUGGACGUUUUUAUACGGAAUGGUUCACGUUUAUUGAAAGUAAAUUAAAGAACAUCUGAUAGUACAUUGCUUUUGUAUAAUUUAAUAGAAAAUAAAAGUGAAAGUUAAUUAUUUC